AUAUACUGACACAUCCGCUGUUGAUUAGACCAGAGGCUGUUUCACCGCAAUUAAAUUACAUCAGGAGACGAUCGAGAGAAAAGAGCAGAGGGGACAACCCAAUCAAUACCUGGAGAGUUUUCAUUGUUGAGGGGUUCUGUAUCUGCGGGCCGCACUACUUUCGAGAGUGGGUUGAGAGAAUAUCCUAAUAAAACUUGCGUUGUGAUAAAAGUUGGUUUUGCGUAAAUGUCAUCAUGGCGCUGGGCCGCCCCUCUUUCUCCAUCAACGACAUCCUCACCCGGGGACGUGACACACGAGACAACAUUCAAAUUUCACGGGAUCUGACAGAUCUAUGCGCGUUAAAACUGGCCACCAUCAACCAGGAUCAGCCAACCGAGAGCAGAGAUGGGACCUCGAGCGGCCCCGGUUCAUCCACGUCGGACUGCAGUGAGGAGCACAAACGGGAUGAGAUGGACAUCCGCCAAGGAAAUAUUCGUUCCUCUCCCGGUUUGGGCGACAUCAGGAACCCCACGUCUGAGGCCGGUAGUGAAGAGUCCACUGGAGAAGAGACGGAGUACAUGUCAUGCAGAAAAGACAUAAACAACAAACAACUACCCAGUCUGGAUCAAGACAAACAGAGGGAGGAAGAGGAGGAGGAGGAGGAGGAGAGGGAAAGUAGUUACAGCACCGUAGGCCAACCCAUAUCUGGUAACAAGAAGCGCUCCCGUGCGGCCUUCUCCCACGCGCAGAUCUACGAGCUAGAGCGCCGGUUUAACGUGCAGCGCUACCUGUCUGGUCCUGAACGGGCGGGCCUGGCGGGCGCCCUGAAGCUCACGGAAACCCAGGUGAAAAUCUGGUUCCAGAACCGGAGAUAUAAGACCAAACGGCGGCAGAUGGCGGCCGAACUAGCCUCCCGUAACUACUCUACACCAGCCACACGAGCUAAGAAAGUGGCGGUGAAGGUCCUGGUUCGAGACGAUCAAAGACAGUACGGUGAGGAUGACCUGUCCAGUCCGCCAGCUAUGCCUCUCUACCCGGCCUACCAAUAUGGAUACUACCCCUACAUGUUCUGCUUCCAGCCAUGGCUCUCUAGCAAUGCACUUUGUGGGGGCAUGCACUGACACAAUGGCGUAGCCAGGCCUCAAAAACAUGACAUUCAUUAACUUUAUGGAUUUAGGCCUACUAGAAGAAGACACAGACACUGGGUCGAGAUUUCUACUUGCGUUUCUGUGUAAAUACUUUCUUUAUUCUCUCGUGGAGAGUAAGAUCAUUUCGACCCACAGUGAGCCUUUUUGAUGCUGUAGCCUACACCUGCAAGGACAAUCCUAUCGAUAUCCCUCAGACAACAUUGAGGAUACAGCUAAAUGAAAUACACGUCCUGAAUAACGUAGAAGGCCUAGAUAAUAAUAUUGAAAUUAUUACGCAGGAAUGUAUAGACAAAUAAUAACUCAAUAAAGCUUUAAAACAAUUUGGGAAUCCUAGUGGUUAGAGCGUUGGACUAGAAAACCGAAAGGCUGCAUGUUCAAACCCCCGAACUGACAAGGUACAAAUCUGUCGUUCUGCCCCUGAACAGGCAGUUAACCCACUGUUCCUAGACCGUCAUUGAAAAUAAGAAUUUCUUCUUAACUGACUUGCCUAGUUAAAUAAAGGUAAAAUAAAAAUAAAAAAUAUCCUCAUUUCAUUUAUUUACACACACAAACAAAUAUAACUCGUAUUAUAAAACAGGAGGAAUGUAGGAUUAGGAUUAUGAAACAAUAUAGGCUAAUAUCAAGUGCUAAAAUCGAAAUGAAAACCAAUUUCUAAAAUGUUAAUACACUUUUGACAGAAUUUUCGAUCUAAGCCUUGAACUUUAAAAUAACUUUUCACAUUCGGAUACAUGCAGUAGAUUCGUUAUAACAAAUAUCUUGGUAAACUAAAGUUGUUUUUCCCCGAUUCAAACCAACAGCCAUCUUCAUUAUGAAAUUCGAAUCAGCAAAAAACAUGGAUAUCGAGAUAUUAUAUUCGUGCCUGUUAAACAUUGAACCCACACGGACAGAAAUGUGUAGCCCUCAACAAGACGAUCCAAAAGACUUUGCACCGAUGAGGACGUGAUGAGUGUGAAUAUGGCUGUUAAUAUUAUGGUCGAGAUCUUGAAGCCUGAAGCCUACAAGUUAAAGUAACUACAUCUAACAACAGACAAUCUAAAAAUGCUGGGUUUGAAAAUAAUCAACUUUUAUAAUUGAAUAUGAGGCUUAGAAUGUAAAGGUAAUUUAUUAUGAACUAUCUAAUUAGGCAAGUUUAUAUUUUAUUAAUUUAAAUUCUAGAAGAUUUCACGUUUUCAAAAUGUUGAGCCAAAAUAAUUCAUGUAAAUACGUGCUGCUUACACUGCCCCGAUUUGUUUUGUGGUUCAAGUGUGCAAAUAUGGCUUCUACCUUCUCCAAGGGAUUUUCCAAACAGAUCUCUGAUAGUAUUGACAUUAUGGACCAUAAAUAGUGACCGUGGUUGAAUGGUAAAUCAAUGUCAUAUUAAUAGUAGGCUUAUAGGCCUACCUGUAAUUAAUAUACUGAUACAUUUCCCUAUUCACAAAUUGAUAAUAGAGAUACAACCAAUCGUAAUAAAAUCAUAAUUGUUGAUCAUUUAGAUACAUAUUCAAAUGUACAAUUUGAGUAGCAAAAAUGCAAACCACCCUAAACAUAGGCUACAUUUACUAACUUUAAUCCUGACCUAAUACACCUUAAUAAAAAGUUACAUAAAAAAACGUGUAAAUGUUCAGGAAUUUAAAACGUGAAAUUUACACGAAAGGCAAAACGUGUUAAGCACACAUGUUUUAUAUUUUACGUUUUAGUCAUUUAUCAGACGCUCUUAUCCAGAGCCAAUCACAAUAUACAACACGUGUUGUAUGCGGCGUAUGUAUGUUGUAUGUGACAAAUACAUUUAGAUUUGAUUUGAUUUUAAGCUAGUUCUGCAGCUGCAUGAGUCCGAGAGGUCAAAUAAAAUAACAACAAGUAAAAUAGCCCCCUCUGGUUUCUGGUCACAAGUUCACUAAUGGCUGAAAAAUCACAACACUAAUCUUAAAAUAACACAACAAAUAGCAUAGUUGGGAGAUUUGGAAAGCCAUAGUCAAUCAAUCAACAAUAUAAUAAUACUUUUAGUGCAAAUAUGUAUCUUUAACUCGCAAUCUGUAGAUACCAUGCGAUUAGACAGGUUCAGAAUUUAUGUGAAACAUCACAGCACAGUUGGAAAUCAUGAGUGGGCAGUGUACAGACAGGAGAGGGGGAUGGUCUAAGAGUAGUUGAGGGGUGGAUUUAAAAGGUGAUGUUCUAUAAUAGUUUUGACUGAAAAACACCAUGUACAGUGAAUUCAAGUAUUCAGACCCCUUGACUUAUUCCACAUUUUGUUACAUUACAGCCUUACAAAAAAAACGUCUCUCAUCAAUCUACACAAUAGAUAAUGACAAAGCAAAAACAGGUUUUUAGAUUUUUUUUUCAAAUGUCUAAAAUAAACAAAACAGACUCCUGCGUUUUCUUGGCUGCGUGCUUAAGGUCGUUCUCCCGUUGGAAGGUGAACCUUCACCCCAGUCUGAGGUCCUGAGCGCUCUGGAGCAGGUUUUCAUCAAGAAUCUCUCUGUACUUUGCUCUGUUCAUCUUUCCCUGGAUCCUGACUAGUCUCCAGUC